CAUCCCGGCCCAAUUGUAAUAUAGAUCCUGGAAGCCGGUACACCAGGUUUUUCAUCAUGGAAUAUAAAGUGGUCUUGUGUCUUUUGUUUCUCGUGAUCGCAGCUUAUGCUGAAGACAAGGAAGAGAAAGUCAACGCAGCGGUAAGUGUGAACCUAAGUUUGUUCUAUUUUCAAAGACACUAUAAGCAGAUUUGGGUAUUACAGUUGCACGCAGACAGCGCACUUUAGAUCAUGCAAAGUAGUACAGGCGAAAUGUUUACACAUAUAAGCCACCUGAUGAUUCCUCUUGGAUGAAACAGGCUGUUGUGGCAACCUUUUGAGGAGAAACGACUAUAAAUGGAUUGUUCUCGUAAGGAGAUAUUUACCAUGUCUCUAAGAAAUGGGCCCCAUAUAUGAUUUCUAAACUGAUUAAAUGAUGCUUCUAUUAUAUAUGCUUUGAGUUUAAAGUUUCCAAAGGGCAACCUUUUUUGAAUUAGCUAUAUAAUGUGAGCUGUAUAAUGUAUAAUGUGAGCUUUCGCUUAGAAGUGUUCAGUUCCCGACCUUCUAUAGUUCUCUCACAACGCAUGAUAUCGGAUCAUUCCAGAUUUUAAAGUUGUGCAAUAAAAGUUCUUGCAUGCGGGCUAUCUCCUUUAGUCAACAUUUUUACAAAGCGUUGUUGUCUUAUCAGCAUUAACUCCUAUAAAUAAUUCUCUUCAGUCGUUUCUGACGAAAUAUGGCUACCUCUCGCUGAGCCGCUCUGGCAAUCACGAUGCAAAAGCCGCCAUCAAACGUUACCAGAAAUUCAUGCAUCUCGAGCAAACUGGCGAACUUGACGAAACCACCGUAACAGAAAUGAAGAAGCCUCGUUGUGGUAAUGCUGACGUGGAUGAAAGUGGCGACCGUAUUCGCCGUUAUAAGACUGGUUCCAAAUGGCCACGUACGUCCCUGACGUAUCGUUUCUUGAAUCGUGCGGCAGAUCUGGAUCAUGGUACAGUGCAGAGUACCAUUCGAGCAGCAUUCGGUCACUGGAGCAGUGUCACACCACUCAAGUUUACCGAAACAUCAAGCGGCAGAAGUGAUUUCACGAUUGGGUAAGAAACAAAUAUCUCUUUUCGUAUAAUAAUUUAGCAAGUUUUGCUUCGAAAUAAUACUAUGAAGCAAUAGACAUCUUGCAUUGUUAGAUUUUUUAUCUAGGCAAAAAAAGUAAUUUCCCGUGAAGAUCUUAUUAAAAUUAGUAAUUAGUAAUAUACAAAAUUUGCAAACUUUGUAAGACUAUAUUUUCCAAGGUUUACAACAUUUCGCAACCAAAUUUUGCAAUUUUCACUAAUUUCAUUAUGUUCUUUUUAGCUGUGGUUUGAUUCCCUUCUCUUUACUUAGAUUAAAAUUUAGUCUAACAUGCAAGUUGUCCAUUGUUUAUAAAUUUACCAUUCAUCAAUACUAAAUUAUUCAGUUUUAUGAGUUAUGGAAACCAGUUAUCAGAAAUGACUCGUUCUUUUGCUUCCAAAACCAGUCCAACAUGUAUCUACAUCAUCCGUGUUGGAUGCAACGUUGCUAGGUCUGAUCGAGUGAACAUUUUGUUUAGUAAUGAUGACUGAUGUUUGGUCUGGUUUGAUUUUAUUUAAAUUUUUAUCCAAUAUUUUUAAACACUGUUGGACGAUGUUGAAAUGACUGGGAAACAUACUUUACACCAAAACAAAAAUAAUUCACCCAAACAUCACAAUGUGGCUGGUAAAUUGGCCAACAAAUUGAGUAUAUUCUUGUGAAAAAUAGCUACCGUCAUCUCUAUUCUAAAUUAUUAACUUCUUCUUUUCCACAUCAGAUUCUAUCGUCGUAGCCAUGGAGACAAUUCGGCAUUCGACGGUCGUGGCAGGGUACUUGCGCAUGCGUACUUCCCAUCGAACGGUCGCAUCCAUUUUGAUGAAGACGAGACCUGGGGGACAGGCGGUCGUGGGACAGAUCUCUUGUGGGUGGCUGUGCACGAGAUUGGUCAUGCUAUUGGUCUACAUCAUUCUGACGUAAGAGGCACCAUCAUGUGGCCAAGCUAUGGUGGCUACAAACCAAACAUUCAAUUACACAGUGACGACAUUCGUGGAAUACAAUCGUUAUAUGGUAUGUAAACCAAAGAGAUCUAUCACUCUUUAUCUCCCGUCCUGUCCAGCCACGUUUCUGUCAGAUAACUUCUCAAGAAUUGCCUGGCGCGAUAAAAAUAUAAGAUAAUCUGACUUUAGUCAGAGCAAAAUUUGACAAGAAAGAAUUCUAUUAGGUGCAAAGGUGAAAACGGUGCUUAUCACCGAUUGAUGAAAUAAAAUGAUUCUUUACAAAACCAUAACCGACAUAUAUUGAGUUUAUUUUCGUUUAUUUCAUACUUACAAUCUUUCUCACAGGCUACAAGUUAUAUUCCUUAUACAGCUUGUUGCUCCACAGCACAAACGGGUAACUGAAUGAGCGGUAAAGAAUGAUUUACAAAUUACUCUUUUGCGAUGAUGAUGACGACGUUCUGGGGCUCAGCAAAUAGGUCGAAGAGGCCUAUAUUGUCAGUAUCGGGCGUGUAGUGAGGGAGUCAAUCCCCUGUCACUUGCGCUAGAUUAGAGAAGUGUUUUGCUGAAGUGGAACGCCACAGCUGCCGUGAGUUCUUGGUGAUUUACCGCACACUCAAGUUAGAGGGGGCAUCGCAAUCUUAAUUAAGUCAAAGAAAGGGAACGCGGCUAUCCGGAGGGGCCAAAAAUCAAAAUGUUAAAUAAAAUAAGAGCGAGUUUGAGCCAAAAUCUCUAAAUUCUUGUUUAUGGCAGUUAAGUAGUUCCGUUUUGAUUUUUACCAAACAUUUUUAGCUCAAUUUUGUUUAUAACACAUUUUUGAGAGCGCUCCAAAAUAAUGCUGAUGUCAGCAAUUUUGAUCUUUUCAAGAGCAAUUAAUCGUUUGAAUUCAAAAUUUUGGGGGAAUGUUUGUAGUAAUGACAUGCAAAACAUAUAAAACACCCAGUUUUGUGACUCUUGUUUUAAUUUUUUCUGGUUUCAAGUCCCAAUAAUUGUGUGGUGUUCAUCCGGGAUCUCAAUUUGCCACCCAUUACCGCGCUCCCAAAUUUCAUCCUCGAUGCCCCUCUAGUGUUAUUUAUAAUUAUAUGACUCAUACGCUGAGAUAGCGCGGCGAGGAAUCAAACCCAUGCACUUUUAUCAUUGUGAUUUCCAAAAUUCACAUCACUCAACCGAUUAAAUUUAUGUAUGUACAUGUAUAUAUUAUAUUUCUAGCACUGAUGAAGAUCCGGUUCUUCUGCUUUGCAAUACUAUACACGGUGGUUUUCGCAAACCAAGAGAUAAAUCGAUUAAAUCUGUCAUCCACUCUGAUACUUUAUAUUGUAAAUUGGCCUGCAUGCUACAAGAACACUCCACAAAGUACGAGUAUAACGAGACAUCACAAUUUUACCAACUACAGCUAUUAUCUCCUUUGUUUCUAUUUACAUCUAGGCGGCGGUGGUGGUGGUGGCGGCGGUGGUUCGUGCAGUGAUAAAGACAGACGGUGUCCAGGAUGGACGAGAUACUGUCGCAGCAACAAUUACGUGAAAAACAACUGCAAACGAACUUGCAGACUUUGUUAAGGUAAUUAUCAUCAGGCUGGCGCUCUACAUAAAUAUUUCACUGAAAUUAAGGUAGUGUAGGAUUAACGUUGAGAUUAGGAUGGUCGAAAUCUUCACAUAGGAUAUUUAAAAUCGUCACACGACCUCUGAAAAUCCCCAAUUCACUUCUAAAAUCCACAAAAUUUCUUAGUUCAAAAUCAAUCACAGAAGCCACAAAAUCCAUUCAAAAUGUUCUGUAAAAUCCGCGAAAAUUUCAUUAAAAUGCCAAAAUUCCUGCAUAUAUUGCAGGGAUUUGAAAUCUCCGAAAUCUCGUAUGCUUUUUUCACAUGCAAUAAUACACACCUCGAGGACUUUGAUAGAGGUUUCUUGAAGGUUUGCAUGCAGUAAACAGAAUCGUGGUAUUUUCCGCACAACAAAACCAUUUUCGACCGAAUCAUAAAAGCACCAGUGAGCUGUAUAUCAUGGAGCCUUUAAUUUAUGUUUUUAUCUGUUUUCUUUCAGAUGGAAAGUCCAACACAUGCAACUGCUGGCCCAAUGAAAAGUAGAUAUAGACAUAUGAACAGUAGAAAUAAUUCAAAUAUUGCAAAAUAUUGAUGAGUAGAAAUAAAACUGCAUUGUAAACGUUUCAUGUUCAAUUAACACCACACGGUCGAGCUUUAAUGGGAGUCUAUACUUCUCAUUAAUAAUUCAU